UUGUCAAAAUGGACAUAAAAAGAUGGUAAAACUACUCAUUUCUUACAAUGCCAAGAUUGAUAUGACGGAUGUAAAUGGUUGGACAGCUUUACGGAUCGCAUGCAAUUACGGACAAGCCUCAGCUACUGUUCUCAGAUUGGAAGAGGAUAUAAGAGUGUCAAUUAAACAUAAGGAUACACCAUCAUUAAAGAUACAUUCAAAACCACAGUAUGAUGAAAUAGUUUCGUAUUUGAUCAAAAAUGAUGCCGAUGUCAAUUUAGUUGAUAAAUAUGGCUGGACAUGCUUAAUGUCAGCCUGUCAGUAUGGCCCAACCAAUAUUGUAGACCUUUUAUCAAGCAAGGUAGACAAUAUCAACAAAGCUAAUAAUACCGGAUGGACAGCAUUACACAUCACUUGCAUUAGGGGUGAUACAGAUGUUGCAGAACUACUUUUAAGAUGUAACGCCGAUAUCAAUAGAGCGAACAGUCGUGGAUGGACUUCAUUGAAGAUUGCCAGUCUGGUUGGACAUAAAGAUAUAGUUGAGUUAUUACUCCGUAAAGGAGCUGAUGUUAACAUUGAAGACACGGACGAAAAAGUAGUAUCUUUCAUUGCUAAAUAUGGCAAAUUCGUAUAA